CUCCCCCGUCGUCAACAGCCAACAUGGCGGACGCCGAGGCUGUGAAAUCGCUGAGCGGUUUACUGAGCGGAAUCGCGCAGAGAGUUUAUUACGGGAACUCGGAGAUCACGGAGGAGCUGCUGAAAGAUGAACUUUACCCCGGGCUGCCUCAGGAGGAGUUCCGGGCUCUGUACGACAAAAUGAGGGGCCUUUUAAAGUCUGUAGCCGUCGCGGAUAUGGACCAGGCCCAGCUGGAGGCGUUCCUGACUGCUCAGACGCGUAAGCAGGGUGGUGGCGGUAUGACCUCGGAGCAGGCGGCAGCUCUGGCACGUUUCUGGAAGGGGCACCGCGCCCGGGUGCGAGACAGCCUGCUGGCACAGAGCCGCUGGGAGCCUGCGCUGAGGGGGUUGAGCUGGAGGGUGGACCUACAGACCGCCACCAGCAGGGGGCAAACAUCCAACAGCCCCGUGGCUCUGGUGGAGCUCGAGCUGGGACGAAAUGGCCAGGACUCGGAGUUUGUGUGCUUGGAGUUUGAUGAACUGAAGAUUAACCAGGUGCUAAAGAAGAUGGCAGAAAUUCAAGAAAGCAUUGACAGCGUUGUGCACCACAGCUAGAGAGCGAGUGUGUGCGCGCGCCUUGAUGCAUUUUGAUCGACAGUACUUGCUGUGUACUGAACUCGAUCAUUAAAAUGUCCUCACUGCCGUUUGUAAAAGUUCCUAUUUGAUGUCCAGCAGCUGUGUGUUUUCUCACCAGCCGUCGUGUGUUUAAUCUGAUAAGAUCCCACUGGUAGAAGCUGUUCUGUUUGGGUUUUUUUCCCCAGUGACUCAUGGAAGACCGUUUUGUAACAUGGCUAUAGCUGAACCUUCUCCACCCUGAGAAUGCACCUGAGCAUACAUGAAGAACAAUAAGGCAAAAGGCCACAGCGUCCAAAAACAUAAACCUCAUCAAAUAUUUAAGAGGAGCCUCAGUCAAUGGACCAUCAGGCUCCAGUAACACAAAGGGUUACUGAACACGCGGUGCUCAUGGUCACGUCCCAGUGAUUUCCCGCUCUGUUCACACUCCACUUGUGAACCGUGCUGGAUGUUACAGAAAUAAACAUUAAAAUGAGCUGCUUUUACUCUGAUUGAACACGGAUGUGUGUAACAGAUGUUUGUUUUUUUUUUAAAGGAAUGUGAUGAGCAAAGAGUGUGAACUGAAAAAUAAAGUGUUGAAUAGUU